AUGAGGGGUGGUGGAGAGGGGGAACGGGAAGGUGAAGGUCUAUCAAAGUCCUCUAUACUCAUCGAAUCCUUCUUCUGCUUCCCACGCUGCUUGUUCUUCAUCUGUGUCCUAUGGUAUGGAUCAUUCUUCUACUAUAGACAUCUUGGGGGUCGAGAGGAUAGAGGGUUCAGUGGAGGGUGUUUUUUCGUAAGGUUAUUCGACAAGAGUGUCUUCAAAGGAAAGGUAGAUGGAUUUGCUGGAAGACAUGUUUGCUGUGGGAGUGGAUGA